AUGACGAAUGAAACAUCGUCUUCGUCGUCAUCGAUUAUUCUUCUUUUAUAUGAAAAUAAUAAUGAUGGAUUAGAUGAUUAUUACAAGGAUAAUCUUAAUAAUGAUGAUGGAAAUACAAUCGGAUUAAUACAAAAAACCAAUAUGACCAUAUCUUCUAUUUAUAAUAGUUUAAUUAAUGAACCAAAUCAAAUGAUUGAUGAUGGCAAUCAUCAUCAUCAUAAUUUAUUGAAUUUAUUAUCAACGAAUCAAACAUCAACAACAGCGGCGACUAUUUCAACAACAGCAAUGAUUAACGAAUUAAAUAAUGUUUUAAAUAAUCAAUAUGAUCGUAAUGAAUUUUAUGGUGAAAUAUUUCAUCGUUUAAAUUAUGAAUAUAGAAAUAUACAUGGUUAUCUUAGUUUAGUUGUUUGUGUUUUCGGUAUUAUUGCUAAUGUACUUAAUAUUAUUGUAUUAACAAGAAAAAAUAUGGAAUCACCAACCAAUACAAUAUUAACCGGUAUGGCUGUAUCCGAUCUAUUGGUUAUAGCAUCAUUUCUUCCAUAUGUAAUACAUAAUUAUAUACGUACUGAAGUGCCCGAAGAACAAAUGUAUAAUUAUGGUUGGGCUGUAUUUACAUUAUUUCAUGCACAUAAUACUGUUUUAUUUCAUACUAUUUCGAUUUGGUUAACAGUAUUAUUAGCUGUUUGGCGUUUUAUUACUGUAAG